UUUGAAGGUGUAAAAGAAAGUGAUAGUAAUUCAGAAAUGGCAACGAUUUGAAUAAAAUAAAUAAAUAAAUAAAUUGAACUUACUUUCACUCUUGAAGUCUACAAGAGCUAAUUUUCCUGGCAACCAAACGUAAGCAGAUAAAUAAAAAAAUCAUCAAAUUGAUCUAUAAGCCUGCUGAUGAAAAAUAAAGUCUUGGUCGCCUCCUCCAAUUCCAAAGACCUUUUUCAUCGUUUGAACUCUGAUAGGUCAACAGUCCAUUCCCUGUUUAGUUACCCAAAAUUUCACAUUUUUCUUUUUCCACGUUCAAAUUUUGAAAGCUUCAAGACCCACCAAGAAAAACAAAGGCAAACCCCAAAUGCCCUUUAAUUCUUUUUUCUUAUGCUGUUUUUUUUUUUAGCCUUUUUUGAGGGAAGUGAGAAAAGAAGAUGGAGAAUGAAGCAAUGGCGAUUGAUCUCAGAGGAAUCCCAACAUAUGAUGGCAGAUAUGUCCGUUACAACAUCUUAGGUAACAUCUUUGAAGUUUCUUCAAAGUAUGUUCCUCCUAUUCAGCCUGUUGGUCGCGGCGCUUACGGCAUCGUUUGCUGUGCCACAAAUUCUGAGACAAAGGAAGACGUGGCAAUAAAAAAGAUUGGGAAUGCAUUUGACAACAGGAUUGAUGCUAAAAGAACACUCCGUGAGAUCAAGCUCCUUUGUCACAUGGAUCAUGAUAAUAUUGUCAAGAUCAAGGACAUUAUACUGCCACCAGAGAAGGAAAAGUUCAAUGAUGUUUACAUUGCAUCUGAGCUAAUGGACACCGAUCUACAUCAAAUAAUACGGUCCAGCCAGCCUCUCACUGAUGAUCACUGUCAGUAUUUCCUGUAUCAACUGUUACGGGGCCUGAAGUACAUACACUCAGCAAAUGUUUUGCAUCGAGACCUAAAACCUAGCAACCUGCUUCUCAAUGCAAACUGUGAUCUCAAAAUUUGUGAUUUUGGUCUUGCAAGAACCACCUCAGAGACAGACUUCAUGACAGAGUAUGUUGUAACCAGAUGGUAUCGAGCCCCUGAGUUGCUCCUCAACUGUUCAGAGUAUACUGCAGCUAUUGAUAUCUGGUCGGUUGGUUGCAUUUUAAUGGAAAUAAUUAGAAGGGAGCCACUUUUUCCUGGUAAAGACUAUGUUCAGCAGUUGGGGCUUAUUACUCAGCUACUAGGAUCACCAGAAGAUUCAGAUCUAGGAUUUCUUAGGAGUGACAAUGCUCGAAAGUAUGUUAAGCAGCUUCCUCGAUUCUCAAAGCGACCUUUUGCAGAAAAGUUUCCAGAUAUGUCUCCCGUGGCAAUUGAUCUUGCUGAGAAAAUGCUGGUUUUUGAUCCAAGCAAGCGCAUAACUGUUGAGGAAGCACUGAACCACCCAUUUUUAUCAAGUCUUCAUGAAAUAAACCAGGAGCCCACUUGUCCAUCUCCUUUCAUCUUUGAUUUCGAGCAGACAACGUUGAACGAAGAAGAUAUAAAAGAGCUCAUAUGGAGGGAGUCCUUGAACUUCAAUCAAGAUAAGAUGGUUGAAUGAAGUCAGUUGCUUUGCUUCAUUGAAAGAAAGGUUGAUUUGGAGAAAAAGAUGGAUGAAAUGGGUUUUGGUUUAUUGGGUUUAUUUGGGAAUUCUAUCAUCAUUGAAAGGUUGAUAUGUACUCCAUAAAACAAGGCUAUAGUCUCUCUUAGCCUCUUAUUGUGUAUAGUAUGGAUUUGUGUGUUUAUUAUUGUUCACAUCCAGCUUAUUUAUACAAGAGAAACAAUAACAACAGAAGGGGAAGUAGUAUUUUGACUCUGUUUUCAUUCA